ACCAUGGCAGCACGGGUUUGUCUUUGGUUAGUUCUUUGUUGUUGAGAUAUGUCAAUGUCAGUCACUGCACCGGCCGGAGUUGAAAUAUAACCGAAAUUGAAUCAAUAUUUUCGUUUUUUACUAUAAAUUAAAAGGAAGAUCAGAAUCAAUAAUUUGAAAGAUACUUGUUCAGUUUAACUUUUGUGAUCGGCACACACCAUGGAUUCAAGGCAGUGGACGUUUAUUACAAGAUAUAUGUAGUGCUAUGUAUUUUUUUAAAUUAUAAACAUGGCUAAGUGGAAAUUAAUUAGACAAAAUUGUGAACCUGCAGACGAACUAGAGUUUUCAGAGGGAGAUGAAGUUAAAAUCGGCAGGGGUUUGACCAACACUGUAACCCUAUCAAGCAUAGUGGUGUCCAGAAAUCACUGUAUCAUUAAUUUUCAGAGUGAUAAAGCCAUCAUCACAGAUUUAAAAAGCUCUAAUGGAGUAUUUGUUGGAUUAAAAAGAAUCAAUCCAAACACUCCUUUUGACAUAUUUGAUUUGGAUAUCAUUGGAUUAGGUUGGACUCCAGGGGCACCAUUAGCAUUAAUUCCUGACAAUGAAAAAUAUGUGUAUAAACUUAUCAAAGUAAAGUCACAUACACCUAUAUACGAUAGAAUACAAUUCCAAAAUGAACACAAUCUCGAAGACGAUGUAGAAAGCUCUAUCAAGAAGUUACACAAUACAAAACUCGAUGGAAAGGCCACUUCCAGUGGUAACUCAAAACAAGAUUUAAAAAGAAAAUUAACUGGAACGAAAUCUAAGAAACCGACGAAUAAAAAAAAUGAUAUUAUUAACUUAGAAAGUGAUUGCAUAAGCAUAUCUGAUAGUGAUUUAGAAAUAUUCACAAAUGAAACUACAAAUAAAAAGACGAAAUUAGAGCCUCAAACUGAUAAUGAUGAAAUAAAUGAUGACCAUAUUAAUGCAGAAAAUGAUGAAAUACAAUUUGAAGCUUAUAAAGUUAAACAAGAAUAUUUAGGUUGUGAUGAUGAACCUAUUCAAAUAAGUAGUGAUGAUGAUAGUGAGUCAGAGCAAUGGUUCCUAAGAUUGUCUCAAAGUUCACCAGGGAAGCCAUUUAUAAAAAUUGUUCAAAAUAAAGAAACAAAACCAAAUAAUUCAUACAGUCAAAUUGAAGAUUUUAUGAUUUUAGAAUCAAAUGAAGAUAAUUAUGAAUUUGAUGAAGAAGUUGAUGAAGAUGAAGAGAUAAAGCUUCCUUCUAUAGAAACUAAAAAAGAUAAUUUUUAUGAAGAAUCACUUACUGCUAAAGUUGAAGAAAAAUGUAACAUAGACAAGACUGUAGUUAAAGGCAACAACAUAAACUUUAAACCUACAAAUAUAGAUGCUAAAAGCAUCAAUUUAAAUAAUACAGAAGGGAUUAAAGAAAAUGAAGAUCAAACUGAUGGCACUAUUUUAGAUACAAACAAUAUCAAUCAGUCAACAUCAUGCAAAUCACCUGAAAAUAAUCAAGAAUUAAUAAAAAAAAUUAAACUAAUUGAACCAACACACAGGAUUGCACAUGCAGCAGCGGUGUCAAAAAAGGAAUAUGUUAGUCAAAAAAGUAAAACAAUUAAGCAUAACAGAUCACGAAAACAAGAUUCUAGGAAAAAACAGCAGGUAAAAAAGCAAAUCAGUGAUGCACAAAAAGAAGAAAGGAAACAGAAACUUAAAGAAAUAGCUUUAAAAGAAAAAGGAGAAAGUAAAACAACUACAGCCUCUUCAAUAAAUAACACAACCGUACCUCUAGCUGUUGCAAAAGUAACAACAUGUAACAGAGGCGUAUUUCUAACUGACAAUAUCGAUUCGACUGAAAUUACUUCAAAGAAAACUAAUAAAAUUAAAAACAUCAAUAAAUUAACUCUUAAAAGUACAGAAUCGAAGAAAGAAAAUCAACCUAAAAAAGAAGACAGUACAAAACAUUCAAAGAAAAAUGAACAUUCUCACAUUAAGAAUAAAGAUGAAAAUAAGAAAUGUAAUAAAGUAAAAGAACAUGAUCCUACCAAAAUCAAAGACAAUACAAAAUCAACUCAUCUAUCAGAUAAAUCUUGUGGUUCCGAUAAACCAAUAUCUGUUAAAUAUGUUGAACCAUUAAAAGGGAGUGAUGAUACAAAAAAUGGUAAACCAUUUUCGAAAGUCCUACCUAUGUCUUCCAAAUUGACAUCUGAUAUAUCAGAUAAAAAGAUAAAGAAAAAAGUAAGUUUUAAUGAUAAAGGUCCACAAGUACUUGUAUAUCAGAUUGAACCUGGCAAUAAACUAAAGAGAACCAGUUUAAUAAAAUCAACACUUUUGGAUGUACGACAUAUGCCAGCAUUUUCAUUGGAAAAACAGAAAUUAAUGAAGAUUCUACGUUGGAAUGGAAAUUGGCUGGAAGAACAAUUAUUCAACAAUGAUCCUCCGCCUAUAUUAGAUCAUAAUCAACCUAUGGUUGUACUCCAUUCAUUCACGGACCAUAAUCAAUAUAAGCAAUUAAUUGGUGACCUCCUUCUUAUGGAGAUAUGGGAAUGUUUAACACAAGGCUAUAAGAAAUUACAAAAAGAAAAAACUGAAUUACAAAUGCAAAUCGAUUCAUUACCUCUAGUUCCACCUCAAGAGAGAUUUCAUGAAAUGUACAAUAUGAGUGUUAACCUUUCACUACCAACUAAAGCAGUAAAAUUAGUUCCAAGGGUGGGAGAAGUGUUAAUGAUUUCAUUUGGAGUGGACACAGCAAAAUGCAAUAGAUUGCUUUUUGUGAAUAACGUAAGAUGCCUACCUUCACCGCCAAAUAAUAUAAACUCGUUUUUUGCAAUUUCCUUGUGUGGUAUGUAUUCAGAAAAGAUGGGCAAAUUACGAGUUGGUCAAACAUUGUGUGGUAAAAAUCUAGCUUAUAUAAAUAAGGAAUUAAUGCUGUUUGAAGCUAUGGAUUAUUUAGGUGGAUCACCACUUAGCGAAUCAAUUCUGAGACCGAGACCGCAUUAUUUUAUUAAUUUGAAUCAACUAAGACCCGAUGAAUUAAAAUCUCAAUGGAUGGUUACUCUAAACGCAAGUCAGAAGUUGGCAGUUUGUUCGUCUGUGACGGCAGCGCUCGGGGACCGGCCCGGCAUACAAAUGGUGCAGGGACCUCCCGGCACAGGUAAAACGAGCGUUAUUUGCGCUAUCGUGAUGACAUAUUUCUAUAACGCGGCCGGCAGGAAACAACUGAACAGGGGAAAGAUAUUAAUUUGUGCUACAAGUAAUGCUGCAGUUGAUGAAUUGGUACUUAGAUUGUUACAUAUAAGAAAAGAUAUGCCUAAAGAGGAACGGUUCCGUAUGGUGCGCGUGGGUCGGGCAGAAUCGAUGCACCCUCGCGCGCGUGACGUGAGCUCGCAGCAGCUGGCGCAGCGUGACGCACGCAGCAGGGAGAAGCCCACCAACCCCGGUGUCGCUGAAGAGAUAUCGCAUAUUGAGGCAAAGAUCAACAUGUUGCGGUCUCAGUUGGUAGAGCAGUCGGAUCCAUCGCGCGUCGCUUACUGCGAGACUCGCAUCGCAAACCUCAACAAUAGAAUAGCUCUGUUGUGCGGUGACAAGGGUGGUGGGUGUGGGGGCGGACGGCCGGAGCAGCUGCAGCACGUGGAGAAGCGCAUCAUUGAGGGCGCUGACAUCAUCCUCACCACGCUCUCCAGCGCGCAGAGUCACAAGAUGAAAAGUAUAAAGGGUCGUAUAGCGCUGUGCAUAGUGGACGAGGCGGGCCAGGCCAUAGAGCCGGAGACCCUGGUCCCGCUGACGCUGGACGUGACUCGUGUCACGCUCAUCGGGGACCCGCAGCAGCUGCCGGGCUUCAUCUGCUCACAGCGCGCUCGACAGCACGGCUUAGGCGAGAGUUUGUUCUCACGUCUGUCGAACUGCACCGAGGACUGGUCUGAUAAUCCAGUGGUGCUUCUCAACGAGCAGUACCGCAUGCAUCCUGAGAUCGCAGACUAUCCCAACAGAGCAUUCUACGGCGGACAAAUCAAGACUAUGACAAACUCACGUGUCGACAUCAAUAUACCUCCAUACUGCAUUGUUAAUAUACCCAGUGGAGAUAAGGGACAAGGUCCGUCUGGAGUGAACGAGAUGGAGGCGUGGGGCGUGGCGCGGCUGGGCGUGGCGCUGCAGGCGGAGCUGCGUACGCGCGCCCUCAGCUUAGCUGUCAUCACGCCAUACUCCGCGCAGCGCGACAUCAUCAAGAACUACAUCACCGCGCUGCAGGGAACGCUGGCGCGCAGCCGCGGACUCGGCUUCCUCACAGACGCCGGCCGCAUGAACGUCAUGCUCACGCGCGCCAAGCACGCCCUCCUCGUCUGCCUCAACACGCAAGCCAUCAUGAGGAACGACCAGUGGCGCACCCUGGUGGAGGACGCGCAGAGACGCAAGCUGUACACGACGCUGCCGAGCCGCGUGUGUCAGCCCGCCGCCGCGCACGUGCCGCACGAACAUGUCCUCUCGCACAUCACGCAUCUCAAACACCGAUAAAUACUAAAUACAUAUCAAAUUCUAAAUAUAUAGCAGCUUGUUGCAAAUCUACGAAGGUGGGCCCAUUGCAGCUAGAAGAAACCCUUUGCCUCGCUCUCACCCGUAGAUUUAAUCCGUCGCUGUCGGCUAUCAAAGCAUUGUAUAUAAUCAUAUUCCUAUCUCACUCAUUCUAUAUGAAUAUAAGACAUCAGUGACUUUCCAAGGCUACAGAGCCGCCAUAAUUUUUGAAUGUUACUAUACUAUUGAAGCAUUUAAGAAACUGUAAGUGAAAAUAACCAAAUAUUGUAGGUAUAAGGACAUUAAAAAUAAAUCCCCAAGUUUUUUUAGCAACAAUUAUACUGGUGUAAAAUAACAUGAGAUCUGAUUCCGAUGACGUCAUAAUGGCGUUUUAUUGAAAUGUAUAAAUGUUUCCCGAUAUCUAAGCGGCUCUUAAGUUCGCGCGUGUCGCUGCGAAAAACACAAUUUUAGAGCACUGUGCAGCGCGCCGAUCACCUUGAGCCGCCAAGAUAUUUGAGACUAUACAAGAUAUGAAAUAUGGUACAUUUUACUAGCUCUCUAGUAAUAACGAUUCUAAUGUUAUUAUGCACUUAUAGUAAAAAUAGGUAUUGUAUUGAACGGGUGUAUCCGGUAUUAUCUAGACAUGAAUUCCUGUUUACAGUUUAAUCUAUAUUGUUAGGUUUAAAGUCCAAUUCUGAUGCCUAUGGCUAUAUUUUUUUUUACUUUUUCUUUGUAAAUAUUAAAUAUUCAUUGCAUUAUUAAUGCGAAUUAAUGAUUAUAAAGUUUAUAUUUUUUAAUUUAGAUAUAAAACAAAAUGUAUUACAAUUUAUGAAUCAGAAGUAGUUUCUAGCCGUGUAUAUUAUGUUCUGAACCACCAGUAAAAUUACUAAUUUAGUGACAUAUUGAUGAAUUUGAGUUUCGUCUGGGUUUUUAUAAACAAGAGAUAAAAAACAUGUCUAAAAUUUGUACGAGUUCAAACUAUGAAAUAGGUUAACGGCAUGCAUGAGUUUUUUUUUAUAACCUUUUGUAGGUGUAAUCAUAUUUCAUAACCUAUAGUUACCUAAUCUGGAGCACAAGUGAGACGAAAAGAGAUUAGGUUAUAACCUUCUCUUACCUUUUUUAUUAAUAUAAAAUAUUGUAAAAGACGUUUAUUGAGAUUUUUAGGUUAUGUUCCCAGUCCUGUCAACAAUUGUACAAAACAUGUAUCUCAUGAAAGAGAACAAAAGCAAUUGUUUCUGAAUUAAAAAUUAAUGUUGUAUUUUAUUAAUUUAGUAAAAAUUAAACUAAGACUUACCUAAUUACACGCCGUAUUAUGUUUUUAUAAUUGCUAUUUUGU